AUGCCGAAACCAAGGAAGCCGAGAAUCGAGGUGUUCUUCAAGGAUGAGGCUGACUUGAGAAGUCGGAUACAGUUUCUUUCUUCAAAAGGCAUUUCAGCCUUCAACAUUGUGAACAAGAACAAUCGGGACACACUUCAGGAAUGGCUCACAACCAUCCACGAAGAAAAUCCCAGUAGUGAUGUAUGCGUCCAUUACAGCGCCAAGUACAACAAAUCGAGAAAGCAGGAUGGGGCUUUCGAUCUAUUCAAGACUUUCAUGAAGAAUAUGGAUAAUAUUGAAGGGAAGCACGACGUCUUGUUGAUCACUGGAUCAGGAGCAAAGGGAAAAUUUAAUACAGUAAGUGGGCUUCAGAGAAUCGAGUCGUCAUACAAGACACCAAUUGCCGUUGCGUUCAACCCAUUCUUCCCGACUGAAGAGGACUUGGAAGCCGAGCGCAAGAGACUGAAGGAUAAGCUUGCGACCAAACAAGUGAAGAAAGUAUACUUUCAGUUUGGAUCAGAUCUCCGAAGACUCCAAGAUUCUCUGGACUGGUUGGCAACGCUACGGUCCCAGCAUCAGUUUGACAUUUGUGGUUCAAUUUUCCUACCAACUAAGCGGCUCAUCUCGCAGCAAAAGUUUCGACCUUGGAACGGCGUUUUCUUGAAAGAGGAAUUCCUUGGUUCGGAAGAUGGCGCAAAGAGUAUUGUUCUGGAAAUGAUGAAACUUUAUGAGAUCUAUGACUGUGAAAUACUGAUCGAGGCGCCGGGAGUCAGGAAUGAGAAAGAUAUGCAAAUGGUCGAGUCGUUGUUGGCAGAAAGAGAUGCCAUCGUGUCACCGACUUUGCCAGCCAAAAGAACAGCAAACGAAGAACCGACCACUAUUCCAAAGAAAGAGAGCACCAAAAUUCGAAAACUCACCAAGCCAAUACUCCCUCCAAAGGUUUCCAACGGAGAACUUGAGACGACUUCAGUUGUCUUGUUUGGAUCUCACGAUGUUCGAGUGCAUGAUAACGAAGCCUUCCAACACGCAGCAGCUCAUGCCAGCGUCAUUCCCGUGUUUCUAUGGUCUAGGAAACUCCAAGAAAAGUGGGGAGUCACAGGUGCUGCAGAAGUCGUUCUGAAGGACGCCAUUCAGAACUUGGACAAGACUCUUCAGAAGAGCGGUUUGAGAUUAGUUUGUCGUUCGACCGAUUGCCUGGAGGACGAACUUUUGCAGCUAUGCGAGAGCUCUAAAGUUAGAACCGUCUACUGGAACACCGAAUUUACUCCAGAAGCCAAUGCCCGCGAGCAGCGCUUCAAGACCAAGCUUCUGUCGAAGGGAAUAAAAGCUAUUGAAUGCCAGUCUUCUCUCCUUUAUGAUCCAAAUAAACUAAAUCUAGCAGGAGGAUUCAAUGGUGGUCACUGGGGAACAUUGAUGCCAUUCUUGAAGGGGUGCAAGAAACAACUAGGAGAGCCACGGCGUCCAAUCAAACGUUCCGAAACCUUUGCACUCUUGCAGCAAGUUACUGGGCCAGAUGAGUGGCCAGUAUCAACCCCAAUCGACAAACUCGACCUAGCAAUCAUCAAGGGCAAACAGAAGUGGGACAAACCCAUUCUCAUGAGCUUUCCCAUGAGCGAAGACGAGGCAACGCAAUGUUUGGAAAGUUUCUUUCGACUUGGUUUCGAUCAAUACGAGAAGAGUCGAAGUCGGGCAGACAUGGACCAUUCAACCUCCAAGCUAUCAGCUCAUCUUCGAAUCGGCACUUUGUCUCCGAACGAGUUGUAUUAUGCAACUGAAGAUAGUGGGUUGGCCUUUGAGGAACGCAAGACUUUUUCCCGGCGACUAUUCUGGCGUGAUUUGGCGUACUAUCAACUACUAAACUUCCCGGGCAUGCGAACGUACUCCAUCCGAAGUCACUAUGACAAGACCGAAUGGGUGACAGGUGAAGAAGAAAAGAGACGGUUCGAGGCAUGGAAAUGGGGAAAGACCGGAUACCCUCUUGUUGACGCCGGAAUGAGGGAAUUAUACGCCACUGGGUGGAUGACACAAAGUGUUCGAAUGGUGGUUGCUUCUUUCCUCACAGAAUAUCUUCGUGUCAAUUGGGUCAAAGGAUGCGAAUGGUUUCACUACACCCUAGUCGAUGCAGAUUCUGCAAUCAAUGCGAUGAUGUGGCAGAAUGCAGGACGUUCGGGUACCGAUCAAUGGAACUUUGUCAUGUCACCAGUCGCUGCAUCGCAAGACGGGAGUGGAAGCUACACCAAGAGGUGGGUACCAGAGCUCAAGAAGCUCGCCAAACCAGUGUUACACAGGCCAUGGGAAGCACCGCCUGAAGUUUUGAAGCAGGCAGGUGUUGUUCUUGGCAAGACGUAUCCUCGUCGCAUCGUCGUUGACCUUGCCAAAGAACGACAAAAGACAGUGAGCAGUGUUCUCAAGAUGAGAAACGAAAACCAAAAGUUCAACAACAAGAAUGGAUACGAUUUGAUCACACUCCCCAACAAGCAGCAAACAGUCGUCUUUACAAAGAGAGAGUACAGGAUAGAUGAAAGCGGGAAGGUCAUGAAGGGAAAUCUUGUCAAGAAGACAGACAAUGGCAAGAAACGAAAGACCAAUACGAAGAACACGAAGGUUGGCCGUGGAAAUUCCAGUAAAAAAGCCGGAAGCGAACCAGAACAAGAUUCCAGUGUAUUUUGGCAGCAGUCUCUUGGUUUGAGGCCAUAUUCCUGA